UUCUUCUUCUUCUACUCAACUUCACUUCUUAUUAGUUUUCCUUCUAUCCAAUCAACUUCACCAUGGAAAUUGAAUCAUCUCCAACACCACCAUCUCCUCCACUUAAAACAUAUAAACUAACAGCUUCUUCAAUAGGCUAUUCAAAAUCAACCACCAUUUCUCCUGCCUUGUUAUUUAAGCCUUGUGAAACACCACCACCAAUUAAUAUCUUGAAAGAUAUCUCUUUCACUGCUUAUCCUUCUCAGAUUCUUGCUAUUGUUGGACCGAGUGGCGCGGGAAAAUCCACGUUACUCGACAUUUUAGCAGCUGGAACUUCGCCUACAAGUGGCACUCUUCUCUUAAACUCUCUUCCCCUACAUAGUCCUUCUACUUUCCGCAAGCUCUCAGCUUAUGUCCCUCAACAUGAUUGUAGCCUUCCGCAGCUCACUGUCUCGGAAACUUUUGCCUUCUCUGCCCGUCUACUCAACCCCAAACUCAAUGAUGUUUCGUGCAUUGUGGAUUCUCUUCUGGCUGAGCUCAGGCUUACACAUUUGGCUCACACAAGGCUUGCUCAUGGCAUCUCGGGGGGAGAACGAAGGCGUGUUUCGAUUGGUUUGAGUCUACUCCAUGACCCUGCAAUCUUACUUCUUGAUGAACCAACAUCAGGUCUUGAUAGUAAUUCAGCUUUAAAUGUAAUGCAGACACUCAGAUCAAUUACCGACUCGCGUCAACGUACCGUGCUUUUGUCUAUUCAUCAACCAAGUUUCAAGAUUCUUGCCACCAUUGAUAAAAUCCUGUUGCUAUCAAAAGGAACUGUUGUCCAUCAUGGUACAUUAUCAUCUCUUGAAGAGUUUUUACUUGAAAAUGGCUUCACUGUCCCCCCACAGCUCAAUUCUCUUGAAUAUGCCAUGGAAAUGCUCAGCCAACUCAAUGAGAAAAAACCCAUUACACCAAUAAGUUCACCUCCUAAAAAUCCCACCACUACCCCUGUUCCUGAGGCUAAAACAGGGGAAAUCAAAUAUAGGAGUUCAAGAUUUCAUGAAAUUGCUGUUUUGUACAGCAGAUUCUGGAAAAUCAUUUACAGAACAAAGCAGUUACUUUUAACAAACACCUUACAGGCAUUAGGAGUUGGUCUUGUUUUAGGUACAAUUUACAUCAAUAUUGGAUUUGGUAAAGCUGGAAUCGAGAAAAGAUUCGGACUUUUCGCUUUCACUCUCACUUUCCUUCUCUCUUCCACAACUGAAACUCUCCCAAUCUUCAUAAACGAAAGACCCAUUUUACUAAGAGAAACUUCAAGUGGGGUUUAUCGAUUAUCUUCCUAUCUCAUCGCAAACACACUAGUUUUCCUCCCUUACUUACUAGUCAUCGCAAUCUUGUACUCAAUUUCACUUUAUUUCUUGGUGGGUCUUUGUUAUUCAUGGCAAGCAUUCACAUACUUCGUUCUAACAAUUUGGGUCAUCGUCUUAAUGGCAAACUCAUUCGUCCUCUUCUUAAGCUCUGUUGCACCAAAUUACAUCGCCGGAACUUCACUGGUAACUCUACUCCUCGCCGGAUCUUUCUUGUUUUCCGGCUACUUCAUUACGAAGGAGACAAUGCCUAAGUUCUGGACAAUGCUGCAUUAUUUGUCCAUGUACAAGUAUGGAUUAGAUGCUUUGUUGAUCAAUGAGUAUUCUUGCCUUGUCGCCAAGUGUUUGAUAUGGUACGAUGAGAAAAACAAAGUGUGUAUGGUGAGUGGAAGUGAUGUGUUGGAUAAAAGAGGACUCCAUGAAAGAGAAAGAUGGACAAAUAUAUAUAUCUUGAUUGGGUUCUUCGUAUUUUAUCGAUUGCUUUGGUUGAUUGUAUUGAUUAGAAGAGUUUCAAGAUCAAAGAAGUGA